AUGGAGUAUAAAUUAUUUUUAGUUUAUCUACUGCCUCUUUUUGUGUGUGAAAAUGCGAAAGCUGAAAUAAAUGAACGCUUUCUUGAUGAUAAUCAAGAAAUUUUAGACAUGGAAUUACCGCCACAUAUGAGCGGUAAAGAGUUCCCAGCAAUUCAACCCAAUUCGGUCCAGGUUCAAGUGCAUCCCAGAAGACAUAUUAAGAGUAAGAGACGCAUGAAAAGAAGAUUCAAAUGCUAUGCCUGUGAGCCUCCAUGUCAUAAUCCGAACGAGCACGCCCACACAUGCCAAUCUGCCAUACAGUGCUGGAAAUCGCGUACCCGUGAUGCUGUUGGCCAGGAACAAGUUUCACGUGGCUGUACCACAUCUUGGGAUCAGAUGCACUUAAUUUGUAAUCAAAAUAAUAUGAACAAACAGAAUGGACCCAGCAAACGCAACACAGCAAAGUUCAUAAAUGUGGCCUGCUGUGCUGGAGAUUUUUGCAAUGAUGGCGAUUUUCCCGAACUACCACCUUUUGUCAGUAGCGAUGUAACAGUUAUAACUGCCGAUAGUAGCAGCAUAAGCAAAAUGGUCGCAGCUAUUUUCGGCCCCUUCCUUAUUAUAGUGUUAGUGGGUAUGGUGGCCAUUUACUUCAUUCGACGCAAUCAUCGUAAGCGAUUAGCUGCCUCACGAACUAAGCAAGAUCCUGAAUCGUAUUUGGUUAACGAUGAGUUGCUGCGCGCCACUAGCGCCGGCGACAGCACACUUCGCGAAUAUCUCCAGCAUUCCGUAACCUCAGGGUCCGGCAGUGGACUACCGUUGUUGGUGCAGCGUACGCUGGCCAAACAGGUGACGCUGAUUGAGUGUAUUGGACGGGGCAAGUACGGUGAGGUGUGGCGUGGACACUGGCAUGGUGAAAGUAUUGCUGUCAAAAUUUUCUUCAGCCGUGACGAGGAGUCAUGGAAGCGUGAAACGGAAAUCUAUAGUACCGUGCUGUUGCGUCACGAGAAUAUACUUGGCUUCAUUGGAUCCGACAUGACAUCACGCAAUUCUUGCACACAACUCUGGCUAAUGACUCACUACUUUCCUUUGGGUUCGCUAUUUGAUCAUCUUAAUCGCAAUGCCCUAAGUCACAAUGAUAUGAUUUUGAUUUGUUUGUCCAUUGCUAAUGGUUUAGUUCAUCUGCAUACGGAGAUAUUUGGAACUGAGGGUAAACCAGCUAUGGCCCAUCGUGAUUUGAAAUCGAAGAACAUACUAGUGAAAUCGAAUGGUGUUUGUGUUAUAGCCGAUUUUGGUUUGGCAGUCACACAUUCGCAUGUAACAGGCCGUCUUGAUUUGGGCAACAAUCCGAAAGUUGGCACCAAACGGUAUAUGGCACCCGAAGUCCUUGACGAAACUAUCGAUAUGCAAUGUUUUGAAGCAUUGCGGCGAACGGACAUCUACGCUUGUGGUCUAGUGCUUUGGGAAGUGUGCCGUCGUACGCUUUCCUGUGGUAUUGCAGAGGAAUACAAGGUUCCCUUCUACGAUGUUGUGCCAGCAGAUCCCAGUUUUGAGGACAUGCGAAAAGUGGUUUGCAUUGACAACUAUCGCCCAUCGAUACCGAAUCGCUGGAGCUCUGAUUCUUUGCUCGCGGGAAUGUCCAAGCUAAUGAAAGAGUGUUGGCAUCAGAACCCAAAUGUGCGCCUUCCAGCCUUACGCAUUAAAAAGACUAUACAUAAAUUAGCUUCCGCUGAUGAGAAAAUACGUUUAGAUUUUGAUGAGGUCUGCGUUUAGUUUAUAGAUUGUAUUAGUCUACUUUUAGCUAUUAAUAUAACUUAGGGCUAUACGACAUUAGUUUAUAAUUAGUCUUAUAAUGUCCACAAUUUUUGCAUUAUCAUUAUUUUGUUCACAUCGUUUUGUGUAUGCGGGUUAUUACACAAGUCAACAUUUAUUUAGUUUCAUGAGUUAUUCAAAUUUAAUUUCGUGCCUUUGAAAUUGCCUUAAAUGUAAAUUGAACUUGACUUACUGUUUAAUUAACAUUUGUAUUGUAUUAUCACAGUACUGUGAAUCACCACCAUGCCUGCAUUUAUACUAUGCUUACCAAUCGUAUUCAUUUUUCAUCAAGUGCCAUUGCAAUUGAAAAUUGUUCCAACAACGUUUACUUCAUUACCUUAUAUUUAAGCUCACUUUUUAAACGUAACACUUCAGAGUUGAAUUCACUGUAUUUCCCUUAAUUGACAUACAUAUAUAUAUAUUUACCAAGCUAUGAUAGAAUUCUAGGCCGCAAUUUGCGCCGCUACAUGAGAAAUACAUAAAUACUACAUACUUCAAAUAAUGUACAAACUGAGCGCUAGUUAAGAGUUGUAUAUGUAGUUAAAAAAGUAUAUAAAUGACUUAAGAUACCAUACCCUCUUCAUACAAAAAUAAAAUACACGAUUAACUGUUAAGAUAACGAAA